CGACACGCUUACUUGAAGUCUUGAACCGAAGCACCGCGCUCCAGCCAGUGUCAGUGUGUCACUCGCCGUUCCUUCGCUGGUCACUUGCGGUUCUGUGCGAGCGUUCCGGGAUCGUCGCCGACCAACAUUGGGUUCGUCGUCCCUCAUGGCGCCGGGUGGUCUCUUGGGCACGGCGGCCGUGGCCGUGCUCUUGUCGCUGGCGGUACACGUCGCGCUCCACUGCCCCAUCCAGCCGCUCCCGUCGCCGCCGCCGCCCGCGCGGCACCCUCCCAAUAACCUCCUCCAGGGGCUGGAGAAGCUCGGGGAAGGGCGGCUGAGCGGGCCGGAGGACGUAUACGUCGACGCGGCGGCGGGCGGGACGCUGUACACGGCGACGAGGGACGGGUGGCUGCAGAGGAUGCAGCCCAACGGGUCGUGGGAGCACUGGCGGUUCGUCGGCGGCACGGACCUGCUCGGCAUCGCGCCCUCCGCCGACGGCAGCAUGCUCGUCUGCGACGCUCACAAGGGAUUACUGAAAGUCGAGGACGGUCACGUGACCAUUCUCGCAUCCACGGUCGAAGGCUCCACGAUCAGGUUUGCCGACGCGGUGAUCGAGGCAUCCGACGGCACGGUCUACUUCAGCGACGGGAGCACCAGGUUCGGCUUCGGCGAGUGGUUCCUCGACUACCUCGAGGCCCGCCCCACCGGCCGGCUCCUCAGGUACGACCCCGGCACCGGCAAGGCCUCCGUCGCGCUCGACAACCUCGCCUUCGCCAACGGCGUCGCCCUGUCGCGGGACGAGGCCUUCGUCAUCGUCUGCGAGACAGCGGGGUUCAGAUGCACGAGGCUGUGGCUGAAAGGGGACAAGGCUGGACAGAAGGAGACCUUCGUCGACAACCUUCCGGGGUCUCCGGAUAACAUCCAUCUAGCACCAGACGGCUCCUUCUGGAUCGCCCUUCUCCAGCUAAGGUCGCCAUGGAUGGACCUGAUCACCCGCUGGACCUUGGCCAAGAGAGUCGUCGCGUCGAUCCCGGCGCUUCACGAACCCAUCAAGGCAACGGCGAAGGGAGCGAUGGUGGCCCAAGUGUCGGAGGACGGUGAGAUCAUCCGUGUGCUCGACGACUCCCAAGGGAAGGUGAUCCACUUCAUCACUUCCGUGACGGAGUUCGAUGGGCAUCUGUUCUUGGGAAGCCUUUCCACGAACUUCGUGGGGAAGCUGUCUCUGGCGAAGGUGCCACAUGUGCAUGCGGCAGUUUCAUCCUAGACAUGUACUGUUAGUGUUACCUCUUACCUGUUAUGGUGUAAUCAUCCAUUUCCAGUGGAAUAAUAAAGAUAAGGGGGCACUAACCCAACUAGCAA